AUUUUGCUUCAGAACUCUGAAUUUUGGGAAAUUAUGGAUCGUCACAUUCCCAUGCAUGCUUUACCUGAAGAAAUCCAAAAGAUGUCUCCUGAAGAAAAGUUCUGCAAAUACUGUGGAGUCAGCUAUCUAAUUCUUCAUGAAUUUAAGGCUAUGGAAGAAAAAAUGAAAGCAAUGGAAAAAGAGAUGAAAUUUUACCAAGAAAGUGUAGAACGUGAAAGGAGACUUCAAGAAAAGCUGCAGUCGCUUAGCCGAGAUUUUGAACAGUACAAAAUUGACAGUGAAUCCAAAACAGAAAGAAUUCGGGAUGCAAGCAUACAGCUAAAAAGUCAACAAACUGAAUAUCAAAGAGUACAUAAAGAACUGAGUCAUUUGCAACAUGAAUUAAAAAUCAAACUUAGACUAUCACAAGUCUUCAGUCAAAGAUUGUCGGAGUACAAAUAUUUCUGGAAUAAGACUCUUUCAUUACUUACUUUUACUAAAAGGGAGCUAACCAGUAUUAAAAAUGAAAUAUAUGAUAAUUUUCAAGACUGGACUUCACUGAAAAGAGAAGUUUUUCUGCAAAUUACAUCUAUAAGUGAAACAGCCUUGACAGAGAUAGAGACAUUAAAUAAAAGUUUGACAGCCUCACAGAGAACUAAGGUAUGCCUUGAAGAGGAAAUGAAAAAUCUCAAACUGUUGUCAGAUACAGCCAUCUUGAGGUCCCAGCAGAUUCAUAUGUCCAAGCAGCAGGAAGAAAACUUACAAGUCAGAUGCCAUGAUUUGCAGAAAGAAGUACUAGAUUUACAGUGUCAAGUAGAGGCCCUUGGGUUAAGACUUCAGAGGACAGUGACGGAGCUGGACAACUGUAAAGAAAUGCUCGCGAAUAAAUCUAAUGAAGCUGAUGAAUGUCAAAGAGAACUAAGGAAACUGAAGUUUGAAUCCAUUAUUUCUGAAUCACGGCACACUAGGCUGCUUAAAGAAAAAGAAGACUCUUUAAUGACUUGUCAACAAAUUUAUAAAGCUUUACAGGAAGAGCUGACUGCAAAAGAAAGGCAAGAAGAAGACUCAAAGAGAAUAAUUAACCUCUCAGAAAGUGAGCUAGAGAUAACCAAAGUUCUUCUGAAUCAGACAAGACAAGAGGUCACAAUGCUGAAAAAUGAAAGGGAAUUGAUGCUGAUGUCGCAUCAGAAAAGCAUCGAGCAGCUGCAGGAGACCAUUAGACAGAAGAUGCUUAGCGACGAUAGCUGGAAGGAGAAGAUUGAGACUGAACUUGCCAAGGAAAGAGCCCGACACUUAGCUGAAUUCGAGGAGAAGGCUCUUCUCUUUAAAGAAGAAGCAAAAUUGGAACUUGAUAUUGAAAAAGAAAAACACCAAGAAAUAAUCCAAAAGUAUAAGAAGGAACAGAAAGAACUACAAAUGAAGAUAUCUGACUUAAUCGCAGGCGCUACAAGAGACCUAAGGCUGGAAGUGACCACUCUUAAAGAAAAACUCCACAAAUCCCACAUCCAAUACACAGAAGAAUCUGAGUCAAAGAAAAAAGAAAUUGAAAACCUAAAAAAUUUGGUUGCAGAAUUUGAAUCUCGUUUGAAGAAGGAAAUUGACAGUAAUCAUUCAGUUUCAGAAGACUUGAGGAAGGAAAUGAAACACAAGUCAGAUGAACUGGAAAGAGUAUUGCUGGCACAAACACAACUGAUACAACAACUUAGCCAGUCCCAGGAAGAGAACACCUUUCUUCAGGAAACCGUGCGCAGAGAGUGUGAAGAGCGCUCUGAGCUGACGCAGGCCCUGAGCCAAGCCCGGGAACAGCUCCUGGCGCUGAGGAAGCUCAGCGGAAGCCUGCCACGACCACUGUGCUCCCUCAGCAGAGGCAGCCCGAACCUCCCUGCCCCAGCCUCUGGCGACCGCAGGGACAGCAGCCGGUCAAUCGACCACAGGGACAGCAGCCGUGCAGCACUGCGCGCUGGACGAGGACUCAGAACCCCCAGCGCGCCCAGAGCGUCCAGACGCUCCAUCUCCCCACCCGCAGAGUCCCCUGCUUCUCAAACUGUCAGUGAUGCAGACCCAGCAGGAGAAGAGAAUGUCCACUUGCGAUCAUUUGCCAGGGCUGCCGUAGCAAAUCAUCACAAACUGGUGGCUUGGAACAACAGAAAUGUGCAAGAGUCCUGGAGACCAGAGGCCCAAAACCAAGGUGAUGGCAGGAGGCCUCCUGCAGGCCCUGGGGAGGAGCUACAGGCGCCUCCCCAACCCGUGGCCGUGUGA